AUGAGCUUUACAUUUGUAACGUCGACCGGCGCUGGGCAGUCACCGUCCGCCGCCAAAAAAGUUCGCGGGCAUGUCACGAGGGUUGUCUUCGCCCAACGGAGAGCGGAUCGAGCACAGGCCCAAGAUCGCGGCCAUAGUGGAACUACAAAGCAAAAGUUUCAGGCAAAGCGCAAAGCAGCUGUAAAGAAUAGAGGUGAGACGCAAGCUUCGGCAAACGGUGCCAUAUCCAACGUCUCUAUACCACUGGCACCCUGUCACAAGUCCGCAGAGAUAUUGGAAGAAUUCUGGUCCAUUAUUCUGAGCGGACAUGAUGGUGGAGGUGGUGCUGACUUGGAGUAUGCAUCGUGGCGAGAAAUGCUCGCCUCCGAGCCGGCUUUCCUCGAGGCCACGAUGGCGGCAGCCAUGAAUUACUGGUGCGCCAGUAACUUGAAAAGCAGGGCCCAAAAGCAUCGUGAAAAAGCAGUGGAUAUGAUGAUUGACCGAAUUAAAAACCACCAAUUGCACACGGACGGCUUUCUCGGGGCUGCAUUGACUAUGGCGGUAAGCGAAAGACUUUUGGGGACUGAACAAAACUGGCAGAUGCAUAUCCGCGGCAUCACUGGGGCCGUUCAAGCGCGACGGCAGCGUGGGAUUAAAGGACUCUCAGCUACAUUCGACGACCUGAUGGUGCUAGACGGCCCCAAUGAGGUCUUCGGAUUCCCUCGGGUGUUUCAUUCAGACAUUAUUCGCGAGUUGACACUGGACAGCAGCAGCAACCAAGCAGUGUUGACGAUAGCUUCCAUGGCAAAAGAUGUAGCGUACUUGCGCCAGCUUCGAAACCAGAGCCCGGAUUCGGUAGCACAGGCGAACAAAGUACCGCUGCGCGCUUCAGAGGCUUGGCUUCGUGUGUCGAUCAAGUGCCACGUCUUGCGAACGCAUCAAAACCCAUUUGUUCGGUCCACUGCAAAGGCGAUGGAGUUGAUACUCAACAUGACCUGCCCGCCGCAACCGAUAGGACGAGCAACAGAAUUGGCAGCCCAGUUGAAGGAAGCACUAUCGGAGCUGCCUGGAAGGUCAUGGGAUGUGCCACUGAAAAGACCCGAUUCAAACAAGCAAAAGAAAAGUGUUGCAAACUUGGCGAAACAAAUAUGGCUGAGUUCUGUGGCGAGACAGGAAGAGUAG